AUGUAUAGAAGCCGUGACAACCUUGUUAAAAAUAACAAGAAGCAUGAAUUUGUCAAAAGUCAGGACGAAAAAAAUUCGCAAGGAGAAAAUACCAAGUAUAUUAAUAUUUCCUAUCAUAUAAGGAAACUGUUUAGUUAUUGCGAUGCAGACAUAUUAAGGAUAGAAAAUAAUUUAAUUAUCUAUAAUAGUUUAAUUGAUAAUAUAAAAAAGAAUGGAAAUAAAAUAAUAAAAAAAGAGGUAGAAAAAAUAAUACGAGAAAAAGAAAAGAAUGAAAAGUACUGUUUGAAAGAAAUGAAGGAAGAAGUAUUCAGAGUAAACAAUUUUGAUUUAAAGAAAGUAGAACUAGAUUUUAAAUUUAUAGAAUGUAGCUUAUGUUUUGAAUUAAUUAAAUUUGUAUGUAUACAAGAAUGUAAUCAUACCUACUGUUUUUUAUGUUUUUAUCGUUUAUUAUAUAUGGAAAAAAAAGAAAAUGAUACUGAAAAUAAUAAUAGAAGAAAUAGUAAUAUUCGUGAAAACAAUAGCAGUAACAAUAAUAUGUAUAGGAAUUACACAAUUAAUCGUAAUCCCCUGAGAGGUAUAGAUAAUUUUGAAUAUUUUAAUAAUAAUAAUAGUAGAUCAAAUGAAAGAAGAAAAGAAGCAAAAGAUGAAAAAUAUAAUUAUGAUUUUGAUAAAGAGAAAAUGAAAUGUCCUUUUUGUAAAGAACGUAACGAAUAUAUUUUUUUUUGCCUAAAUAACUUUUAUACCUAUUUUACUUACGACAAUUUGCUACAAACUUUGCUCGAAAAAGAAAAAGAUAAGUAUGAUUUUAGUAAAGAAACCAUUCAACUUACUGACUUGAAUGGACAUCUUUUUAACAGGAAAAAUCAGAACAAAGGAAGCGAAAUAAAUCGUUCAUUGAGAGAAAACAGGGAAGGAGGCACCUUAGAAGAAUAUCAUAUAUAUACACAUAGCUCAAUAGAUGAAAAUGAAAAAGAUCUAAUUAGAACAGAUAACAAUAUUGACGAGAAAAAAGAUAAUUUUUUAAAAGGACAAAACGAAUUAACAACAAAAAAUGAUAUAAAAAAAGCCUUUUCAUCAUACUAUGAUGAUAUUAUAAUUUUGCGAAAUAUCCUAAAAAUGAACAGUGAAGCAAACAGUCAUAAUAAUAAUAAUAGUAAUAGCAAUACUAGUAACAAUGCAACAAAAAAAUGUGAAAAUUUGUAUUUAUUUUUUUAUUAUGAGAAAUAUAUAAAGAGGAAAAAAGAGAAAGUACAAUUUCUUUUAAACGCUUGUGUUAGUUCUUUAAAACGAUAUGCAUUUUAUUCAAAAAUUUUUGUUGAUACAGAAAAAAAAAUAUUUUAUGAAUAUUUUUAUAUAUUUAGCUUAUCAACACUUCUUACUAGUUAUGUGUGUUUAUUAGCUCCUUGUAUUGAAUACUGGGUAAUGAUCCAAAGUAAAAAAGUAGAAAAAUUUAAGUUAAAUCAUAAAACAGAUAAAUAUUUUGAAAAAAUUUAUAUAGAUAGUGAAAAGGAUAUAAUAAGAAAAAAAAAUGAUUCUAUAUAUGAUAAAUAUCAACAACCUUCCAAAAAUUUUGUUUGCAUAAAAGAGGAAGAAUCAGAGUUAUCGGAUGAUUAUUUUAAAGUUAUAGAUAUAUUUUCUAAAGCUUGCUUUACUAACCUGGACAAUGUAAAUAAUUUAAGUAAUUUAAAAAACUACUGUUAUAAAACUUUAAGUGGUUUAUGUAAGCAUAUAGGUGAACAUAAUAAAACGUAUUGUGAUAUAUGUGUAGGGAAUAAUGAUAAUAUUUUUUUAUUUGAAUAUAAUAUAUUUUAUAAAAAAUAUGUGAAAGUACAUAUAGAAUAUGGAGAAAAAAUAUCUGAAAAUAAAUAUAAAACAAGGCAUAUAUAUUGUCAUUUAUGUGGGUUCUAUUUAUACGAUUUCGAUACAUUCAUGAAUCAUAUAAAUAAGUAUCAUUUCUUUUGUAAGUUUUGCUUUAACAAGAAUCCGAGUGAUGGAAAGGAUGUUGCAAAAAAUGGAAUAGAGGAUGUUGUCUACUACGAUCUGCUACACCUUCAUGUAUAUAAAGAUUACGAAAAUUUAUUUGAUCAUUAUAAGAAAAAGCAUCAUCCAUGUUUGUAUGAACAAUGCAUAUUUGUUGUCUUUGAUAACAAAAUAGAUUUGUGUUUUCAUAUAGCAGAGAAACAUGAAGAGAAAGGAAGUAAUAAGAAAAAUAAGAUAACCUUCUCCAUAGGAGGAGCAUCAUAUAACGAAAUACGUAAUAAUGGAAUUAACGGAAAUGGCAAUAAUAACAGUGGUAUUAGUGGAACUAGUAGUUAUUAUAAUAACAAUAAGAGAGAUAGGAACAGUAAAGAUAUUAGUAACUCGCUGGAACAUGAUGAUCAGUUAGGAAAUAGUAAAAAAACAUUUGACGUUAAUAGUCACAGAUGUCUAUACAACUUUAAGAGAUUUUAUGAUUCAUGGUAUUUUGAUUAUUAUGUUGAAUGCAAUAUAGUAAAUUUUGUUCAAUAUUUUAGUACUAGAAAAUAUUUCUUUUUAUAUAUUAUGAGAACAGAUAUGGACAUAAUUUUAAAAGUGUUCGAAAACUUAUGGAAAAAUAAUUCUGAUUUAUAUUUUUCACAAGAUGAAAUAAUAGAAUUAAACAGAAGUAUAAUAGAGGAAGAUUUUCCUAUGAGCAAAAAUAAUUUUUUUCUUUUCAAAUUAUUUUUGGAUUAUAUAAUAGAAAAAAUAGAUUUUUUAUUAUAUAAUAAAGAAGAUUUAGAAAGAAAUUAUUUAAGCCUAUUUUUCCAUAUAAUUGUUCAUAAAUCAUUUGUCCUGUAUUACGCGUUCUUCUUUCUGUACCUAAACGAAAGAUGUGUGAACUUGGACAAAGUUAUUACCACGGUGUACAGCAGUGGUUCUACAACUAACAACAAGGCUGAUAGUUCCAUAAACAAUCAUACUUGUUCCAAUAACAUUCGAGGUAAUAAUUUGAAAAAAAACACAGAGAAUAUGCAAAAAACGAAGCAUAUAUACAAUUAUGAAAAAGAUAUGAUCAGACUAAGGAAAAUAAUAGAACAAAACGCGAAGAUUAGCUUAGCCGAAUUAAGCAAAUAUGGCUUUCUAUAUUUAAUUUUUUUAUUUUUUAAAAUAGACAAAAACGGAUUUGAAAGAGUAUACACUUUUGUAAAGAAUAUUUCUUUACUAUGUAAAGACACGUACGAUAAAAUAAAAAAGGUAGAUGCGAAAGGAGAUAUAAAUAAAAACUGUAGUAGUAACAGGAACAGCAAUAGCAACCACAGUAAUAAUAAUAAUAUAUUAAUACCGCUAGUUCAGAAGAAAAAGGAAAAGAGCAAACAUGAAAACGAAAUGGGGAAUGGCAGCUCGCUCUUAGAUGCAAUUAACUCACAAAAAGAUUUUUCAGAAUUAGAAGAUGUGAAUCAGUUAAUUAAAAAAUAUUCGAAAAGGAAAGGAGCUCAAAGUAGUAAUAUAAUUAAUAAUAUAUAUGAUAAAAAAUGGGAUAUAUCAAAAAAGGUAGUCUUAGAUUUACUUUAUUAUAUUGAUCCAAAUUUAAAUUUAGUUUCUUUCUUUUAUUUAUUUUUAAGUAACUAUUUUUGUGCUUAUAUGAAGGACUCUUGUAUAAAUAAUAUGGUUAAUAUAUCGAAUGAAAAUAAAAAAAAUAUAUUAAAAAGAAUAUCAUAUGAUGUUGAUUUGGCAUCGUUAACUAGUAUUUCAAAAGAUUUAAGUAAUUUUGUAAAUGCAAAAACGUUGGAGGAAUGUUUAUCCACCGGACCAGAAUAUUAUAGAAUAAGAAAAGAUAUAGAAAUAAUUCUAAAAACAAAUGGACAAAAUGGAAAAAAUGGAAGAACUAACAAUGAAUCGGACAGAAUGAAAUAUAUGGAUAGUACAAAAAUAAACGUCAACUUAUAUGAUGUAUCUUUGUCAUUAAGAAAUAGAUUUCUAAAUAUAAUUAAAAGUACCAAAGUAAAUGAAUUGUACGUCAUUUACUUUUAUGUAAGUAGUAUAAUGCUUUCAAGCACAAGUUGCAGUAGUUCAAAAAAUGAAGAAUUUCCCUCCCUCUUUGAUAUGAACAAUAAUAUGAACACUACUUCUAAUGGUAUUAGCAUAAACAAUGUAGUAGGCGUCUACAGCAAAGAAACACUUAACAUAUUAAACAGAAACGCGUCUACUAGUAUUAAUAAUAGGGUUAAUUCACCAAAUAAAAUUAAAAAUAAAAAUGCAAGUUCAUAUAAAAACAAAGUAGAACAAAGCAAAGAAGAGUUUUUAAAUACAAGAGGACAGAAUAUCGAUUUAGAGUAUCCUCCACUUCCAGAAAUGAAGCAAGAGGAUACUGUUCAACUUUUAUUAAAACAAGACAAGAGCAGCAAGAAAAACGAAAAGAAUAGUAGUAAGAACGCCAAAAAUAGUAAUAAAAUAAAAGGAAAUAAAGAUCAUCGCUCAGAUGUCGUUAGUCAAAAUGUUACGUUAAAUAAAAAUAAGAAGGAAAAUAAAUUUUCACCUAAUAAGACAGUAGUAAAUAACAUGAAGAUUAAUAAGGAAAAUGAGAACAAUGCAAAAAAAAUAACAUGUACAAAAAGCACGACACCAGAUUUUAUGUAUUCUGAUUUUCCUUCACUUUGUAGCAAUAUUAAGGCCGACGAAAAUAAAACAAAAAAAAAUAAAAAUAAUGAAAAAGGAAAGGAUUGUAGAAAUAAGAACAUCGCAAAUGUGCGUAUUGAAUCAUUUACUGCUGAAGAAUUCCCGUCUCUUCACCCAAUAGAAGAAAACAAAAAAAAGAUAAACAGAAGCAGUGGUAACAGCAGUAAGAACAACAGGAACAAAAAAAAUAAUAAUAAUAAUAAUAAUAAUUGUACAAAUAUUAAUCAUGUAAAUAGGAACAGUGAAAAAGAUAAACAUAAUAAAUGUACCGAAAACACGAACGACACCCCUUUUGCUUUUAACCAAAAAUCAUAUUUGAAUGCAUCAGAAGGCAAUGUUACCUUCACCAUUAAAAAAAAAAGCAAAGUGAAGAGGUGCAACAUGUGUACAUACGAAAAUCUUUUUGAAAGAACCAAAUGUGAAUUAUGCGAAAGUCCUCUAUAA